AAUCGUGGUCUUGUCUCUCUCAAUAUAUACAGAGAUCAGUGCAUGCUUAGCAACCACAUACUAAACUCCAGUUAUCCGGCCAAGAACUACAUAUAAUAUAGCUAGCUUGAUUAUCUCUGGUUCCUUACUUGGGUAUUAUCUUCUACUGUGAACCCUAAAACAAUGUUGCCUCGAAUUUGCCAGUCACGCAGUUCUGAAACCGGCCUCUUCAGCCUGUUGCAGAAGCCAUUCAUCCAUAUCGAUGUCAGUUCUUCGCUUCCAAUCUGGUCAAAAUCCUCCAUCCGAAAGAAGUACAACAAAGCCAUUCACUGUACUGGGUUCAUUUCUAGCAACAUAAAAAGUGUUGCUAGCACUAGUACUACUCCAACAACUACGACAUCCGAGGCUACCGAGAAGUCUUUUAUUAGUGUUCAAGCCGUUGUAAUCGUGAAACCAACGGUUCGUGGGUUUCUGUCAAACCUUGGGAUACAGCGAGGGCUUGAUGAUAUCAAAGAUUUGCUUGGUAAAACACUCCUCCUGGAGUUAGUUAGCUCCGAGCUUGAUUCCGAGACGGGAUUAGAGAAAGAAAGGGUUGAAGCAUAUGCACACAAGGCGGGGAAAGGGGAGGAGGGGGUGAAGUACGAGACGGAAUUUGAAGUGCCAGUUGAUUUUGGAGAGGUUGGGGCUGUGUUGGUUGAAAAUGAGCACCACAGGGAGAUGUUCGUAGAGACUAUACUCAUCCAUGGCUUACCUCAAGGCCCCAUAAAUGUGACAUGUUGCUCCUGGGUUCACUCCAAGUUCGACAAUCCUGUCAAGAGGGUAUUUUUCACCAAUAAGUCAUACUUGCCCUCACAAACACCAAGUGGAUUGCGGAGGCUAAGAGAAGAAGACCUGGAGAGUUUGCGAGGAAACGGUGAAGGAGAACCUAAGAGAUUUGAGAGGAUAUACGAUUAUGAUGUGUACAAUGAUCUUGGGGAACCCGAUAAGAGCCUCGAACUUCAAAGACCAGUACUGGGUGGCAAAGAGCACCCCUAUCCUCGACGUUGCAGGACCGGACGCCCCCUUUCCGAAGCAGAUCCACAGUCGGAGACGAGGAAAACUAGCAGGUUUUAUGUUCCUCGAGAUGAAUGCUUCUCGGAGAUAAAGCAGCUAACAUUCUCGGCGAAGACCGUAUACUCUGUGUUGCGAGUAUUGGUGCCAUCACUAGGAAUUGUGAUUUCGGAUAGGGAUCUUGGAUUCCCAUACUUCACAGCCAUAGACUCACUUUUCACCGAAGGGGUUAACUUGCCAUCGGAAGAAGAUCAAGAAGGGUUUCUCAGAGAAAUCAUGCCCAGGCUUGUUAAAACCAUUUCCAAAACCGGAGGAGAUGUGCUCCGCUUUGAGACCCCUGAAACUAUGAACAGGGACAAGUUCUUUUGGUUUAGGGAUGACGAAUUUGCUCGACAGACUCUUGCUGGUCUCAACCCAUAUAGCAUACGGUUGGUCACGGAGUGGCCAUUGAAGAGCAAACUUGAUCCUGAGAUCUACGGUCCACCAGAGUCAGCCAUCACGACAGAAAUUAUUGAGGAAGAGAUUGGAGGUCUAAUGACUGUUGACAAGGCCUUAAAAGAAAAGAAGCUGUUUAUGCUAGAUUAUCACGACUUGUUAUUACCAUUCGUCAGCAAAGUAAGACAGCUUAAGGGCACCACAUUGUACGGUUCACGUACACUAUUCUUCUUAACUAAAGAUGGCACCUUGAGGCCUCUGGCGAUUGAACUGACUCGGCCACCUAUAGACGGAAAGCCGCAGUGGAAGCAAGUUUAUGCACCUUCUUGGCAUUCAACUGAAGUUUGGCUAUGGAGGAUUGCUAAAGCUCAUGUCCUUGCCCAUGACUCUGGCUAUCACCAGCUCGUUAGUCACUGGCUAAGAACUCACUGUGUAACAGAGCCUUACGUAAUUGCUACAAAUAGGCAACUUAGCGUGAUGCAUCCAAUCUACAGACUGUUGCACCCUCAUUUUCGUUACACAAUGGAGAUCAAUGCUCUGGCUCGAGAAGCACUUAUCAAUGCAGGUGGCACCAUUGAGUCUGCAUUCGCACCUGGUAAAUAUUCCAUGGAAAUCUGCUCUGCCGCCUAUGAUCUCCAAUGGAGGUUCGACAAGGAGUCACUUCCUGCUGACCUAAUUAACAGGGGAAUGGCCGUUGAGGAUCCAACUGCUCCUCAUGGACUAAGGCUAACAAUCAAAGACUACCCCUACGGAAAUGAUGGUCUCAUCCUCUGGGAUGCCAUCAAACAAUGGGUCACAGACUAUGUCAAUCACUACUACCCUGACCCUAGCCUUGUGGAGUUUGAUCAAGAGCUCCAAUCAUGGUGGACGGAAAUUCGAACAGUUGGCCACGCCGACAAGAAGGACGAACCGUGGUGGCCGGUUCUCAAGACCCAGAAAGACCUAAUCGACAUCCUCACAACGAUCACUUGGGUGACUUCCGGCCACCAUGCCGCCGCCAACUUCGGUCAAUAUGCUUACGGGGGCUACUUCCCAAAUCGGCCAACCAUUGCUAGAACCAAUAUGCCUACAGAAGACCCAACUGAAGAAGAAUGGAAAAUUUUCUUGAAAAAACCUGAACGCGCACUUUUGCAAUGCUUCCCUUCACAACUUCAAGCAACAAGAGUGAUGGCUGUUUUGGACAUAUUGUCUAAUCAUUCACCCGACGAAGAAUAUCUUGGGGAGAAAAGUGAGCCAUCAUGGGCUGAAGAUCCGUUUAUAAAGGAGGCAUUUGAGAGGUUCCAUGGGAGAUUGAGGGAACUUGAACGGAUAAUUGAUGAAAGGAAUGCGAACAAUAGUUUGAAGAAUAGAGUAGGAGCUGGGGUUGUGCCGUAUGAGCUUUUGAAGCCAUUUUCCAGCCCUGGCGUAACUGGAAAAGGAGUUCCAUAUAGCAUUUCCAUUUGAUCAAUUCGGAAAGACUAUACAUUUCAAACUUGGUGGUUUUGAAUGGUUUCUAAUAAUACUAAAACAAUACAAGAAAUUACUUAA